AUGGAGAAAGGCAAAUCCACAGACCAUACUGCUGCUACUGGCAAUAGCGAGGAAGACGAUCAGAGCCAAAGCCAAAAUGACAAUGAGAAGCUAUCAGAUGAUCUCUUCAACAGCCGUGAAGAGCUGGAAGAAGCCCAGUUGAAGGCCUCAUUCAAACCAACUGCUGAGAACAAAUCAAAAUCUUCUUCCGAUGGCUCAGCUGAAGCCAUUGGCACUGAUACCCUUGAUACAACUCAAACAAUUGAGAUAGGGUGGCAAAUAUCCAUCCGAGGCAGAUCCCCGCCUGGAGCUUAUCAACAACAGCCUUCUGGUGUGGAAGGAGCGGCAGCACUUCAAGUAGCAACCAACAAGGAGGUGGAAACCAUCCGAGCUGCAAUCCAUGCCCAUUCUGGCUGGUCUAGCACCGAUACCAGCAACAGCACUGACCUGGAGAAGAAGCAGCAUAAUGGUGCUAAUAGUGGAAAGACUGUCGAAAAGGAGGUUGCGAAUAAUGUAAUUGUUGCUCAUGAGAAUGUACAAGCAUCAAAUACAGCAGAGGCACAAACACAAGGGGCUGUCUCUUGUGCUGCUGGGAACCGCAAUGAUCACAGAAUCUUUGAUCAGCCAGGUGCAUAUGCAGAAGCACCAACACUUUCAGAAGUGAACGCCAGAAUUGAGCAAGAUCAGCACGGAAGCCGCAUGGGAAACAUUCCAAGUAGUGCUGGUGAUAAUGGUUUACAGCCUUUUGGUGGCCAGGAAGGAGGGCUGGUGGACGCCAGAGCUGUGGAUGAUGAAGACCCUGAGCAAGUUCUGACAGAAGCAAGAGCGGUGGAACCAAGAUCUAGGAAUCAUGAGCUAGUUCCUUACAGGCCACUGGGAGUAGGAUUGCUUUUGGUUGCUGCUCUCUGUACAGUUGUGGGCCUUAUUGUGGGCAUCAAGAACAACGGGGUCCCCUCAUCAGAAGAGGCCACUGCCAUGCCAACUGUGCCACCAACAGCACCACCAACUGUAUUCACUACAAGAGGUUUUAUUCUCCAGACUGUGCUUCCCGACGCUACUGCCAGGGCUGUAAUUGGAGAUGAUGGUGAUAGUGCAAUGCCAUCUCCCCAGAGUCAGGCACUCGAAUGGACCCUCCAAGAUCCCUCUUUGGAGACAUAUCUGCAAGAUCACCAACGGUUUCUACAGCGAUUUGCUCUGGCAACUUUCUACUAUUCUACCAAUGGAAAUGUAUCCUGGGGAAACAAUGAGAAAUGGCUGGACUACAACCCCCACGAAUGCCAUUGGUUCGCUAAAGAUGAUAUUGCCUUUGCUCAACCAGAUGAUCAAGUUACCUACCUCGAAGACUAUGAUCAGAUGGUCAAUAUGAGUCCCUGUGAGCUGCCACCCAAUGUGACCAUGCCCACAACUGCCACCUUGACUCGUGAGUCUUCCUUCAAACAUCUAUGGAUGUACACAAAUCGAUUGGAUGGGACUUUUCCAAUGGAAAUAUCAUUUUUGCAGUCCUUGCGAAGCAUCUCUGCCUACGUGAACCCCAAACUGAGGGGCAGCAUCCCAACUGAAAUAGGCGUUCUCACGAACUUGGAAUUCAUUGCUCUGCCUUAUUGUUCUCACACUGGGACUUCUACCCACGGAGCUGGGUCUGCUGACAAAGCUUCAUUUCCUAGUUGUUUCCGUCAAUGCAUUUACUGGCAGCAUUCCUUCUGA